AUGUUUACCAAAAUAUUCGUCGGUGGUCUACCAUAUCAUACUAGCGACAAGACACUUCACGAGUACUUUGAACAGUUCGGAGAUAUUGAGGAAGCCGUAGUCAUCACCGAUCGCCAAACACAAAAGAGCAGAGGAUAUGGAUUU